GGCUGGACUGCGGGGCGGUCUGGAGACGCGGAGGGGCGAAUUUUGGUGCCCGAUGGUUGCAUCUGGAGUGUCCUCAGGUGAAAAUUUUGUCUUGAAGUAUCACGGACCCAGGAGGAAGUUCUUCCAUUCAGAACGGUGGGACUAGUUUUGUUACCAACAGUAUGAAAGGCUCUGAGUUUAGCCCGGAAAAGAAAAAAAAGGUUAAAAUCCCAGCGAGGAGACUUCGUGAGGUAGUUUCUACAAAUCAGGGAGAUAAUUUGGCUUUGCUGAAAGAUGAGCUGCCCUGUGUUCCUCCAGCAUUGUCUGCAAAUAAACGUCUUCCUGUUAGAACGGAGACUAGCUUGAAUGGAACAUUACGUGAUUCAUCAGAUUUAACUUCUGCUAGAAAUUACCACCAGCCUCCAUCAGAAAAUCCCACUGUGUCAGAAAGUGAUUUUUCUAAACAUGUUGCAGUACAAGAGUUGCCUUUGGAUAAAACUGAAGAGAGCAACAGACACAACGCAAAUGACAUCUUUAUUUCUCAGUACUCCGUGGGACAGAGAGAUGCUCUAAGAACAGUUUUAAAGCAAAAAGCUCAAUGCAUGCCUGUUUUUAAGGAAGUAAAGGUACAUCUUUUAGAAGAUGCGGGCACAGAAAAGGACGCUGUUACUCAGGAGACCAGAACUUCACCCAGUGCAAUUGAUUCAGCUACAACUGUGGCUGCAGCAACUGCUGCUGCCAUCGCGACAGCAGCUCCCCUGAUAAAAGUGCAGAGUGAUUUGGAAGCAAAAUUUAAUUCUGUAACAGAAUUACUUAAUAAGUUACAGGAGACUGAUAAACACUUACAGCGUGUUACAGAGCAGCAAACAAGCAUUCAGAAUAAACACGAGAAAUUACAUUGUCUUGAUCAUGAAAAGCAAAUGAAUGUGUUUAUGGAGCAGCACAUUAGGCAUCUUGAAAAAUUACAGCAACAACAAAUAGAUAUUCAGACUCAUUUUAUUAGUACUGCACUCAAGACCAGUAGUUUUCAGCCUCUUAGUAUGCCCCCUUCCAGAGCAAUGGAAAAGUAUUCUGUAAAACGAGCACAUCCUGAUCUUGGUAGCAAUAAUCUACCUUCACAUAACAUAUUUGCUUCCAAACAAGCACCUUUAAGAGAGGUUGAAGAUAUGGGUUUUGAUAAACAGAAAUCGCCUUUGGAGACACCGGCACCUCGCAGAUUUGCUCCUGUACCUGUUUCAAGGGAUGAUGAAAUAUCAAAGAGGGAAAAUCCUAUGGAAGAAAAAGAAAAUAUAGAAAUAUCAGGUCAUAGAGGAAAUGUAAGGCUAUUGGCACAAAUUUUAAAUAACAAUGAUUCUGUGACAAGAAAAAGUGAAUCAUCAGACCAAACCUCACUAACUAAAUCAAAAAUAGGAUGGAAUCCUGAGAAAAGAGACAGCAUUGAAACUCUAUCUUGUCAAAGAUUUCCCUCCUAUGAAGAACUAGGAACAGCUAAAGUGACUGUGCAGAAGCCUGAUGAUGUUCUUCAUGAUCCUGGCCAAAAGAAGAAAGAAACAAAUGGCAUGCUCCAGCCCAAAGAAUCUCUUAUUACAUUGAGGCUUGCUGAUCUUCCACAGAAUUCUGUUAAGCUUCAAACAACCAAUACGAGAUCCAUAUUGAAAGAUGCUGAGAAGAUUUUGAGAGGAGUACAAAACAAUAAAAAACUACUUGAAGAAAACCUGGAAGCUAUUAUUCGUGCAAAGGAUGGAGCUACCAUGUAUUCAUUCAUCAAUGCUCUAUCUACCAAUAGAGAGAUGUCAGAGAAGAUUAGGAUCAGAAAGACAGUGGAUGAGUGGAUUAAAACUAUUUCUGCAGAAAUUCAGGAUGAACUAGCAAGAAAUGAUUAUGAACAAAAAAGAUUUGAUCAGAAGAACCAAAGGACCAGAAAAGCUCAAUAUACAAGUAAAGAUAUUAAAAUGAACACACAAGAAAAAACUAUAAACAAAUCUGUAAUUUCAAGAAAAAACUCUCAAAAACAAAUAGAAGAACAUUGUAGAAAUCCACCUAUGAAGAGCAUGCCUGCUUCAAAUUUACAGAAAGAGAGAAAGAAGGGGCUUUCUAAAACAACCACAGUGAUACAAGACGAGGAUUAUAUGUUACAAAUUUAUGGAAAACCAGUUUAUCAGGGCCAUCGCAGCACUCUUAAAAAAGAACCAUAUCUCAGAUUUAAUUCUCCAUCUCCUAAGUCCAAACCACAGAGACCAAAAGUAAUAGAGCGAGUUAAAGGCACUAAAGUCAAGUCAACAAGAACACAAACUGACUUUUAUGCAACAAAACCUAUGAAGAUGAAUUCUAAAAUGCAACAGUCUAUUGCUACACUACCUCAUGGUGAGCAGCAAUAUUUGUUCAGCCCAAGCAGAGAAAUGCCUACUCUUUCAGGUACACUGGAAGGUCAUCUAAUUCCUAUGGCAAUUCUUUUAGGACAGACCCAAAGUGAUAGUGAUUCUAUGCCACCUGCUGGAGUAAUCGUCAACAAGCCGCAUUCUGUAACCGUGACUACUUCUGUUCCUCCAUCAUCUCGAAAAAUAGAAACUGGAGUAAAGAAACCUAACAUAGCAGUUGUAGAAAUGAAGUCAGAAAAAAAAGAUCCUCCUCAGCUUACUGUUCAGGUAUUACCCAAUGUAGAUAUUGACAGCAUUUCAAAUGGUAGCACUGAUGUUGGUCCAUCUCUGUUUAGUCCACUGCCUAGUCCCAAAGAAGCAGCUCCUCCUCCUCUGCAAACCUGGAUACAGACUCCAGAAUUUAUGGAGGUAGAUGAAGAAGAGGGGAAGUUUCCAGGAAAUAACUUCGAUGAAGUAAUCGAUGUCAUACAGGAAGAGGAAAAAAGGGAUGAGAUUCCAGAAUACUCUGAACCAAUUCUGGAGUUUAACAGAAGUGUUAAAGUUGUUUCUACAAAAUAUAAUGGUCCUGCAUUUCCACCAGUUGCUUCUACUUUACAGCCCACUGCUGAUAUUCUGGAUAAAGUAAUUGAGAGAAAAGAAACAUUGGAAAAUAGCUUAAUUCAGUGGGUAGAACAAGAAAUAAUGUCAAGAAUUAUUUCUGGGCUCCUUCCAAUUCGGCAACAGUCUGUACCUGAUGUCAGUGUUUCACUCAGUGAGGCAAGUGAACCCUUAACUUCUGACAUUGUGGAAGGAACAAGCGGUGGUACCCUCCAGCUUUUUGUUGAUGCUGGGGUUCCUGUGAAUUCAGACUUGAUUAGCCAUUUUGUGAAUGAAGCUCUUGCUGAGACCAUUGCUGUCAUGCUGGGUGACAGAGAAGCAAAGAAGUCAGAUCCUGUUGCUACCAUUGUUUCUGCAGAUGUUUCAACAAAUGAAACACACUUGCCGGCAAGAGUGUGUACCCCCAUGGCUACCCCACAGCCUACUCCUCCUUGCUCACCUUCAUCACCUCCUGAGGAAUGUGUGUUGGUAAAAACUCCAGAUUCUUCUCCCUGUGAUUCAUAUCACGAUGUGGCUUUUCCUGUGAAAGAAAUAGUUGCUGAAAAAGGAAAUGAUAUGCCUCCCAUCAUGCUUGUUAAUACUCCAACAGUCACCCCUGUUGCUACCCCUCCUCCGGCAGCAGCUUUUACCCCAACUUUGUCAGAGAUUUCCAUUGAUAAAUUGAAGAUAUCCAGCCCAGAGCUUCCCAAGCCAUGGGGUGAUGGAGACCUGCCGCUGGAAGAAGAGAAUCCUAGCUCUCUUCAAGAAGAAUGUCUUCAUCCAAGAGCUAUUGUAAUGUCUGUGGCUAAGGAUGAAGAACCUGAAAGUGUGGUUUUCCCAGCUCAGCCUGCACCUCCAGAGCUGGUUCCUGUUAUGCCAUUUCCUGCCAGCACUAAGACCCCUUCCCCCUUACAUAUGCCAAGUUCUAACUCAUCAACACUGGAGAGCACCUUGAGCAGUACUGUCACUGAAGCUGAAACUUUAGAUAAACCCAUAUCUGAAGGAGAGAUUUUAUUUAGCUGUGGUCAAAAAUGGGUUCCCAAAAUUUUAGGAGAUGGAGGACUGUAUCUGACAAACCUAAAUGAUAGCUCAUCCAGCACUCUGCAUGAUGCCUUUGAAAUGGAAGAUGAUCCUCCCAGUGAAGGACAAGUGAUUAGGAUGCCCCAUAAAAAAAUUCAUAUAGAUGCAAUUCUUUCUCUUCUUGCUAAACAAAACCAGGGAUCAUUAGUUUCACAGCAAGCAAUCUAUCAUUCAGAGGACUUGGAGAACAGUGCUGGUGAACUUAAUGAAGGACAAAGGCCCAGGCUGAUGGCCGCAACAGAGAACAUCUUAAGGGAACAUUCUCUCUCUAUGCAGCAGCCUGUGGCUAAUGCAGAGUGUUUGGGUCAACAAUGUGAUUCUAAGCCAUUAGUUUCAGGUGGUCUUUAUGAAGGUUCAUGUGCUGGUCAUGGUCCAAUGAGUUUGGGAGAAUCGGAGCCAAAUUCUAACUUUGUUCUUCCCACAACACUUCUGACAGCACAAGAAAAUGAUGUUAAUUUACCAGUAGCAGCUGAAGAUUUUUCUCAGUACCAACAAAAGCAAGACCAAGAAGUUAAGCAAGUUGAACAGAAGCCAGCACAAAGUCAUUUAAUAUAUGUAAGAAGUAAAUCUGAUAUUUCACUUUCACAACAAGGUUCACGAGAUGAUAUGGAUCAGACACAAAUUGAGCCCAAUCUGUACUUAGCAUCUGUAUUUACAGGUGGUAAAGCAGUACCAUUCUUCACUUCGCAGACGUCACCUGCCAAGAUGUCCGUGACACUGCCCUCAGUGAAUGUCGAGGAUUGCCCUCAGAUGGUGAGCACGAAGCAGGGGGACACAGAGUCCUCGGGGACGGAUACCUUCUGAGGGGAAGUGAGAGCAGCAUGACGUUUAUGCCACUGAUUUUGAAUUCGUUUUACUUUGGCUUAAAACCAUCUCUCAGACUAUUUUAUAGGUCCUUAAGCAUACUCUGAAAAACAAUUUAUUAUUUUUUAUUUAGGUAAAGUUUUUAAAUAAAAUAAAUAUAAAUCAU